AUGGAUGGAUCAACAGGCCAAGGAACCACUAGUGUGGAUAUGUUUCUACGGAACUACAAGCUUGGGAAAACUCUUGGCAUUGGUUCAUUUGGUAAGGUGAAGAUUGCUGAACAUUCAUUGACAGGCCACAAAGUUGCUAUCAAGAUUCUUAACCGUCGCAAGAUUAAGAACAUGGAAAUGGAAGAAAAAGUUAGAAGAGAAAUCAAAAUACUGAGGUUGUUUAUGCAUCCACACAUUAUACGGCUUUAUGAGGUGAUUGAGACACCGGCAGAUAUAUAUGUGGUCAUGGAGUAUGUGAAGUCAGGGGAGCUGUUUGAUUACAUUGUGGAGAAGGGUAGGUUACAGGAGGAUGAAGCUCGCAUGUUUUUUCAGCAGAUAAUUUCUGGCGUGGAAUACUGCCAUCGGAACAUGGUGGUUCAUAGAGAUCUUAAGCCUGAGAACCUGCUUUUGGAUUCCAAAUGGAAUGUCAAAAUUGCUGAUUUUGGUUUGAGCAAUGUCAUGCGUGAUGGUCAUUUUCUGAAGACAAGUUGUGGAAGCCCAAACUAUGCUGCCCCAGAGGUUAUUUCUGGGAGAUUGUACUCUGGGCCUGAGGUAGAUGUGUGGAGCUGUGGUGUUAUCUUGUAUGCUCUUCUCUGUGGUACCCUUCCUUUUGACGAUGAAAACAUUCCUAACCUCUUUAAGAAGAUUAAGGCGUCCAUUGGAGUGUUAAACAUGACCUUGCUGGCUUACUUCUUAUCUGACUUGACUCCCUCCUUUUGCUAUGAUGGACGCUAA